UGCGUCAUCCCGUUUCAGCCCUCCACUCGGACGAAGCGAGUACGUAGCUCACGUCGGGAACAGACUAUCGACCAGUUCCGAGUUUGAAGCAGGCCAUUCCUUCACCAGUUUGGGAACCUGCUUAGCAGGUGGACCAGACUCAUUCAGGAGUGCCUGCAAAAGAGAGAUCCGCUGCACUUGCUGAUCAAUACAGCACAACAAGGUUCCUGUCAAAGGACAGUUCCUGAGUCUCUCUGAGGACGCUCUGACCCGGCGGCGCGAUGUACAACGGCAUUGGAUUGAACACCCCUCGUGGGAGCGGCACUAAUGGGUACGUGACGCGGAACUGGGCGCACAUCCGCGGCCGCAAGGAAAAGGUGAACUACAAGACAGAAGAAGAGAUGAAGAAGCUGGAUGCUGCCAUGAGCAAGAAGCCGAACCAGGAGAUCCUGGACCACGAGAGGAAGAGGAAGGUGGAGCUGAAGUGCAUGGAGAUGCAGGAGCUGAUGGAGGAACAGGGGUACUCCGAGGAGGAGAUUGAGCGUAAGGUGGCGACGUUCCGGCGCAUGCUGAUGGAGAAGGAAGGCGUCGGCUCCACCAGCGCCGGGGGCAAGGAGGAGGAGGUGGAGAGGGGACCUGGUCGUCCAAGUGCGAAUCCCAAGGAGAGCCACCAGCUGGCGGAAGCUAACGAGAAGAAGAACCUGAAGAUGAAGGAGGCGUUCGGCAUCUCGGAGUCUUACGUGGACGGCAGCUCCUUCGACCCCGCCCGACGAGCCAAGGAGGCGGAGGCCAGAAAACAGCAGCAGCUGCAGCAGCAGCAACAGAAGAAGUACAACAUGAUCCGUGAGCCCAGCUCCUCCCCUUCACCGCCUCCUAAGAAGAAGAAGAAGAAGUCUGGAAGAGGUCGCAGCAGGUCUCGGAGUUCGUCGCCUGAGCGCAAGGAGAAAAAGCGGUCUCGCAAGCACAAGCGCGAAAGAUCUGAGUCGCGAUCUAAGUCCGGCAGAAAACAUAGAUCCAAAAGUCCUUCCCCCAAGCGUAAACACAAGGAAAAGAGCAAGCGGCGCAAGAGAUCCGUGAGUAAGACGCCCCCUCGUAAGGAGAAGCACGGGAAGAAGAAGAAGAGGAAGGAGCGAACUCCGACCCCCUCCAGCUCCUCCAGUUCCUCCGACUCCGACUCUGACAGCAGCAGCAACAGUAGCAGCUCACGAAGCUCUGCAAGCCCCUCGCCGGAGAGAAAGUCAAAGUCCUCUAAGCUCAGCAAGUCGGGCAGCGGGAGCCCGCGGAAGCACAAGGGGGGUAAGCCGAGCCGGAGCCCCCCCUCCCGCUCACCCAGCCCUCCCCCUCAGCAGAGCCCACCACGCAGACUGUCUCAUGAGAGGAAUGGCAGACAGGCGGAGUCCCCUGUCACCCAGCGCCCCCGUGCCUCAGACGCCCGGCGCUACCAGUCCCCGCCGCAGAAGGACAACAGCAAGAGCUACCGCUCCCCACAGCAGACAGCAGACAACAGAGGUCACAGCUCCGGACAGCGACCUUCAAGCCACGACGGGAGAACAGCAAACAGGGACAGGUCAAGGUCGUCCUCACACUCGGAGUCCGAGAGGUCACGAGGGUCGGUGUCUCCACCCAAGGAGAAAAGAGCAAGGAUGUCGCGGGACGAGUCUCCGAGGAAACAGCAGGAAGUGCGACGGUCCCGGAGUUAUUCCCGCUCGCCCGCCGCCCGCAGCCGAUCUCGAAGCUACUCCCACUCUCCCUCCCGCUCGCCCUCCCCCCAGCCGGCUCGCAAGUCUUGCAGCUACUCCAGGUCCAAGAGCCCGUCACCGCCGCCGCAGAGGAGACGUGACUCCCGGUCGUUGAGCUACUCUCCUGUCGGCAGGAUAAGCAGAGACAUGUCCCCGGCCAGGCGCAGCCCCAGCUACAGUCCCAGGAGGGUGAGCAGAAGAUCUCCGUCGGGCAGUGGCAGCAGUCGUAGCCGCAGCAGGAGUCACAGCGCCAGCCGCAGCCCAAGCCCCGCCCACAGACACUCCAAGAGCCACAGCCGCAGCUACAGCAACUCUCCGCCGCGGGUCAGGGGUCGUUCCCGUAGUUACUCCCCCAUCAUCCCCCGCCGACGCAACAGGGACUCGCCGAGCCAUCUGGAGCCGCGACGGAUAACCAGUGCGCGAAAGAGACCAGUGCCGUACUACCGCCCCAGCCCUCCCAGUUCCUACUACGACAGCGACAGCAGUUAUUACAGUCACAGCUCCAGAUCCAGAAGUAGAAGCUACAGCUACUCACGCAGCAGAUCUAGAAGCCGGAGCUACCGAGACUCACACAGCCGCAGUAACAGCUACCGCAGCUACACACGCAGUCGCUCUAGAAGUAGAAGCUACAGUUAUAGCAGUAGAGAAAGCUAUAGAAGAUGAUCAUUGUGCUUUCUUGUUCAUAGUCUGUCUACCUUGGAGUUAAGUCUGUCUGGUGGUAACCCUACCACAGGAAGGGUUGUUACUAGAUGGUUAACUCUUUAGGUAAGAUAUGUAGAUCUUGGUCAUAUACCAGUGUUUCCUUUUGGGGAGAGUAGUACUCAUAAGAAAGCUUAAAGUAUAGAGAGGGAAAACUUCUCUUUGGUGCUGAAAAAAAAGAUUAUUGCCAGGUGUAUGGUGCUCCUUUUUGAUUGCUUUCCUUCCUUUAGCCAAUCAAAAUUGAAGGUGAUUUUUAAAUUCGGUGUUUCGAGCAUAUAUACAACAAAUGAAUCGGUGUUUGAAAUAAAAUGAGUACUAAACAUACAGAGUAAGUGAGUACAUUAACUCUCAGUUCUGUACUUUGACUUUAUCUGGAAAAUUUUUAUUUCCUUAUCCAAAAUUUGCAUCAUGGGAACAUCCCUGCACAGGCUAGCACUGGUAUAUGCACGAGUGUUUAGUAUGUUAAUAUAUAGUAUCAAGUAAUAUAUGUAUCAUCUCAUAUUUUCUUGAAGAAAGAUGCCUGCAUCUUCAUAGAACAAUGUAUCAACAAGUCACGUGUGUGAGGACUCCUAGCUGUUGGUGUAUGAACUGCAGAAAAUGUGUACCUGACUUGUACAUGUAUGUUGAAAAAGCUGUACUACAUUUCAUGUCAGUUGAGAAAUCAUGCACACUAAAAAGACUCUGGGUCUCUUCAACUUCAAGAAACCUGUAAUGUACUUAAGAUGGAAAAGACAUAUUAUGUCUAUUGCUAUGUACUGCUCUGGAGUAGUGUUGUACACUUUGUAGCUCUUGGAAAGUAUGAUGAACAAUGUACAUAUAUAGUGGCCUGAGUACUUGAUUGUAGUGUUUGCUGCUACAUCGCUUGUAUACAUAAGCUGGGCGAGUUCAUUGUUCAAGUAGAGGGGUGGAAAGGUUCCUUGUAGAAUUUGAUUUAGUAGGAACACACUGCUUUUAGUAUCAUGAAGGAAAAUUGGUCUGUAAAAUUCCAGAAUUCAUUAAUUUGGCAAGAUUUGUACGUAAAAAAAGUUUGGAACGCUUUCCACCCCCUGCUAGAUUGUUGUUAUGCCAACUGUGUUGGCCAUCCUUAUUACACCACCUGCAGGAAAGUGGUACAAUCCGAACAUGAGUCCUUUUGAAAAGUAGAUAAUAAAGGGUUUCA